UUGGCAACUUCACAUUUUGGUUUACAAUGGAUAGGUUACGCUACCUUCAUUUCCCCCGUGACUAAUGCAUGCGCAGUUGCCUUCAUCACAGUCCCUUACACGUGCAUCGAAGUUAGUUUAUUUUGUUCAGUUAAGAACUUCAAGUUAACAUUCUUCUUCUUUAAAGCGGGAGUGAUAAUAAGUCGAAAAUGACUCGACAAGCCCGGAAAAGACAUCACAAAGGCUACACACACAUCAAGAAGAAGUACCGAACGAAAAGGAAAACGAAGGACUUGGACGAAAUCGACGAAGAUUUGAAACCCCAACAUGCCGCUAAAUUGCUCCAUCAAAAAGUAGAUUUUGACAAACCCGGUUCAGCACAACAUUACUGCCUACAUUGCGCGAGAUACUUUGUUGAUGAGGGUGCUAUGAAGGCCCACUUUCGCCAAAAAACACACAAGCGGAGAUUGAAGGCCCUAGAGAUGGAACCAUACACACAGAAAGAAGCUGAAGCCGCAGCGGGUAUGGGUUCAUACAUACAACCCAAGAAGAGAGCAAUGAUAACUCAACAGCCAACACAACAGCCAACACAACAAGACGUAACCAUGAAUGAUGAAGCAAAGGACCAGACAUAGAUCAAUCAAAGAACAGUAUUCACCCAGGACAGGCAACACAACAAGAUGUGACAGAAUAAAUAAACGAGGGACCUGACAUGAGCCUUGGGUCACACCACUUCCGGAGAUCAAUACAAGAACAGUAAUCACCCAAGGCAGACAACAUGACAAAAUGUGACUGUGAAUAAAUAAACAAGGGACAAGACCUGAUCCGUGGGUCACACCAUAUUCAGAGGUUGAACGAAGCACAGCGAUUAUACAACAGGCAAUGCACAGCAACAUGUAUCCACAAAUGAAUAAAUGAGAGACCUGACAUGAUCCUUGAGUCACACCAUAUUCAGAGGUCGAUAAAAGCACAGCGAUUAUACAACAGGCAAUGCACAGCAACAUACAGUAUCCACAAAUGAAUAAAUGAGUGGCCAGACAUGAUCCUUGGGUCACACCAUAUUCAGAGGUUGAUAAAAGCACAGCGAUUAUACAACAGGCAGUGCACAACAAGAUGCACCCACGAAAGAAUAAAUGAGGGACCAGACAUGGUCCUUUGGUCACACCACUUUCAGAUAUCAAUGAUCAUCAAAUAGGACAUGUACACCAAGAUGAUGGGAGAGACCAAUCAUGAUUCCUGAGUAACAUGCGCAUCGAUAGACAUGCUACUUUUUUAACAAUUUAUAUCAUACUCGUGUGGUUUGCAUACCAGCGUAUAAGGUCAUAAUUUUGUUAUUGUCAUGCGCUAUUUUUAAUCAUAUUUAGCAUGUCUGAUAAACUAUCUUUUUUUUCUUCUUAAAAACUAGUAAGAGAAUUGUGAUGGUCGAUAUGUAACAAUUAUAUUUUUUAUGAUUUUAGUUGCGGCUAAGGUGAUUGGAUGAGAAAGCUAUAACUAACCUGGAAUGGGGCUGUUUCUAGAUUCCAGAAACAGAUCCAUGAUAAUUUUAAUUAAAUUGCAAGAAAGAAAUUUCUUUUAUCUAAUAGUAAAA